UGAUAUUGGGAUGAGAAAGAACCGCCAAGGGACAAAGGUUCAAAGCUGAUUAUUGAUUUAAAUUAAAAAUUUCCUUUCCACUGAAACCAAAACAACAGCUCUAUUUCAAAAUUCUGCUCUAAAAAUAAAUGUUUGCUUUUAUUUAAACAAAAACUUCUAUUACACACACUUUGAUUCUUAGUUCCUUCCUCCUUCUUUCCAAUGGCUAUGAAAUCUGCUAGUCCCAGCGAAACCAUUAUUGCCACAGUUUCCGAUUUAAUGGAAGAAUCUCGCAAAUUCAAAGAAAAUCUAGAAAUACAAAAACAAACCAAAGAAUAUGCCGGCGAUGGGCUUACUGCAACCAUACACUCACAAACUCCUAGCUCCUUGGCCAACACCUUGCAAAUACCCCAACAUCAAAUGCCAUAUUCAGCUGAGCCUCCAGCGAAGGAGACUCAACUGCUGGAAGAGACUGCCCAACGUAAUCCCAAAUUGAGUAUAUCUCGAUCUCAGGAUGAUGAUCAUAGAGAGGAGGAAACCUUUGGUAGGGCCACACCAAUAUCCUAUGGCUCACAAGGGGGCUCGCCAUGCUCCUCAUCUUCGAUUAUGACAUCCACACGUGCCGGGCUUAGUUCAAUGGGCGCCUCCAGGGCCAGCAACUUUCGCAUGAAAUUCCGCAAAAGUCACACAUGUGGCAGUCUAUUUGCCAAAUGCAAUUGCGGAGAGGUAACAACAAGAACCAUGGUACCCAUUAGUCCACCACCUAUGGGGCCAGCAGUCGUUGCGGCAGCCAGUGGUGGCUCACGUGCAAUUUCAAUUGAUAACUGUUUAAAUGUAACGGCGAACAGGGCAACAACAACAGCCACCAUACAUAAUUCCAAUGCACCGCAAAAACAGCAGCAGCAGCAACAACAUCAUUACCAUCAAUCUAUGCAUUUGUCCAUAUCACCCUCCUCCAAUACGGAAUCUUCACUGGCCUCCUCCAUAUCGGAUGGGGCAGGAGGCCUUAAGUUAACCAGUUCGUCGGGUAUCUAUUCUCUUUCAACCCAAACAUCGUCAGCCACAUCGGCUUAUCUAUCGCGAGAUGAGAGUCUUACGGCUAGCUUUGAUAAUCAACUGCUCUCACCUUCGGGCGAUGUGUGCGGAGAGACAUCGAAAAGUUUAACGGCAGCAGCACCGCCACCACCAGCAGCAGCAUCAAGUCUACCCAAGCAAGCAGCUAUUAGUCAAGAUACGGAGCUCGCGUCGUUUGCACGUUCCAAACCCCAAUAUAUACCGCGAAUCUCAUCACCUGCACCUACGGCUGGUACCGAUUGCAGUGCUUCGCCCAGAUCUUCACCUUUGCCGAUUGCUCGCAAAUCGGAAAUAUCAUUGCAAAAAUCUAAGAAACUUUUUCAAUCCUAUUCGCAUCCCGACACCGACUUCAUAUUCACCGAUGAAAAUAAACAUCCUUCGCGAGAGUCCUUGCAGCAUCUACUCAGUCCACAGCAACAAUCGCAAGAAACUGUGAUAACAUCGCGUGGUGGUCGUGUCGAAAUCAAACAACCCAAAAGAUCCUCCUCGCCCAAUAUAGGGCAAUAUCAUGUGCUAGAUGUGGCCGUUCAUCCAGAUAUCUUGGUGAAAAUUUCUCCUAAACAUUCGCCUUUGUGUGAAACACGAAGACCUCACGAUUCACCCUUAGCCACCAGAUCCACACAGCAAAGACGUCGUCUACUGCAAAGAUCACAUGAAAUAGAUUCGGGAGGUUCCACCUCGGACUCGGAAAAGUCGGUGGAUAUCAAAUCGCCCACAUUGCUCAAAUCUCCCUUGAGCAACAGUAGCAGUGCGGCCAAAUCGGGAAUUUUGAAUAGUCCCCUUUUGCCAUCGAAACGGUUGCCAGGCGCCCAGGGAUCCCCAACAACAACAGGUGGGGUAGCAACGGAUGACUCGAAUUUUCAUGCAGCCCAGAAAUAUUUUGCCGAGAGUGGUAUUUUAGGUCCAGUGCCAAGCACAGCGAGUAAUUUGAUAAGAAAGACAUCCAAAAUAUUGCAGGACACAACGGUCAUUGAACAGAUUCGCAAAACUUCCAUGAUCUUGCGUUCCAAUAUCAGCAGCAACAGCAGUACUGCAACCUAUAGUCAAUACCCCAAUGCCAGUGUUAUGCCAAAGACAGUCAUUAACAGCAACAACGCAAGCAGCAACGUGGCUCAAACCUAUCCCCAUGCCAAUAACAAUAGCACACUUCCUGCCGCAAAUUCUUUGACUUUGAAGCUUCAAGGCAAUGUCAUAGCCACCUCCAACACUGCGGUCUCACAACAACAGCAACCACAACCUGCACUCAUUUAUUCUCCACCCUCACCACAAUCCCCACACACCAUGGCCACCAAGUGUGGCUUUAGUCCUAAUGUCACCACACAAAGUUGCACUGUCAUCGAUGACAAGGAUGCCCAAAUCAAAAGCUUACAAGGAGAAAUUGUUUCACUCAAGGAUGUGAUUAAGUCUCGCGAUGCCGAGAUAGUCAAAUUGCGAAGGGAAAUACACAAAUUGAAGGAACAAAUAGAUUCCAAGCAAUUUAGCGGAGAAAUAAAGAGCGUUCUCCAGCAAACAACAAAUCACAUUCCUUUGGCCCAUGAUGAAUUGCUGCAACCACCCUCACCCACUGUGCAAAAUAUUAAUCGUUCAUUUAUAGGACCAUUGCAGUGUCCCGACAUUACCAGCUCCCACGAUAGACUCUGUGAGAAAUGUAAGAAAAUGGUCCUGGAGACUAGCAAUACUUCCCCGGUGGAAAAGUUCACCAAUGCUCCAGCCGCAGUGUUGACGGCAACAGAAACCAAAGUCUCUCCAGAGAGUAAUGGCAGCAGUUCCAUUGAUUCUUCCAUGUCGGAACAAUAUCAAUCCUGUAACUCCACCUCCGCUUCCACUGGUACGUCCUCUGAUACCUGGCCACCGGCUGAACAUCGAGCAAACAAUACAGAACAAGAUCAACCAAUAAAGGAGGCCAUGGCCAAAACUGAAGCCACAGAUGCCAAUGGUUGUGCUAUUAAGAAUAAAAUUCUUAAUCAUCCCUUGCAGCCGGUGCUCAAGAAACAGGGUGUGUCCGGUGAGAGUUGUGAGACUUCCAUGCAGCAAUCUAUAAAUGUGCCCAUACCCAAGUACGACAAGGAUUUUGCCAGCAAGCAACUGAUCAAAGAGGCCAUCAUGGAUAAUGAUUUUCUCAAGAAUAUCGAUGCCUCUCAAGUAAGGGAGCUGGUGGACUCUAUGUAUUCUGUGGCCAUACCAAAGGGCAAAUUUGUUAUACGUGAAGGAGAGGUGGGUGCCCAUUUGUAUGUCUCCGCCGAAGGAGAAUUUGAGGUGGAGAAAAAUGGCAAAGUUUUGGGAAUUAUGGGUGCUGGUAAGGCCUUUGGUGAAUUGGCCAUUUUGUAUAAUUGUACCAGAACAGCUUCAAUACGUGUGCUAUCGGAUGCCAGGGUAUGGGUCUUGGAUAGGCGAAUUUUUCAACAAAUCAUGAUGCGCACGGGCAUGCAGCGCAUAGAGAAUAGUGUUAACUUUCUAAAAUCGGUGCCUCUGUUGAAAAAUCUUAGCGAGGAAAUAUUGGCCAAAAUUGCCGAUGUCUUGGAAGUGGAAUUUUAUCCAGCUGGCACUUAUAUUAUCCGUCAGGGAGCCAGUGGCGAUACUUUCUUCUUAAUCUCCCAAGGUUCGGUUAAGGUCACCCAAAAGUUAACACCCUCUGCUGAGGAAAAAGAAAUACGCACUCUGGAGCGUGGUGACUAUUUUGGUGAGCAAGCUUUGAUCAAUGAAGAUAAGCGUACCGCCAACAUAAUUGCCAUGGCUCCUGGAGUAGAAUGCCUGACUUUGGAUCGUGAUUCGUUUACCCAUCUCAUUGGAGAUCUAUGUGAGCUUAAGGAGAAAAAUUAUGGCGAUGAAAGUCGUGUGUUGGCCAUGAAAUAUGAAGAGAAGACCAAAGAGAUAUUUGGAGCUAAUCUGCAGCAGGAAUUUCCCGAUUUGCAGCUAACCGAUCUCGAAGUCGUUGCCACUCUGGGAAUUGGUGGUUUCGGUAGGGUGGAGCUGGUAAAGGCCUAUCAAAAGAAUAGCGUCGAUAUCUAUGCCCUCAAAUGUCUCAAGAAAAGGCAUAUCGUUGAUACCAAGCAAGAGGAUCAUGUAUUCUCGGAGAGAACCAUUAUGAUGACCUGCAAUUCGCCAUUCAUAUGUCGCCUAUAUCGUACAUUCCGUGAUGAGAAAUAUGUGUAUAUGCUGUUGGAGGCCUGCAUGGGUGGCGAAAUAUGGACCAUGCUAAGGGAUCGUGGGAGUUUUGAGGAAAAUGCUGCACAAUUCAUCAUAGGCUGUGUGUUGCAGGCGUUUGAGUAUCUACAUGCUAAGGGUAUUAUCUAUAGGGAUUUGAAGCCGGAAAAUUUAAUGUUGGAUGAAAGAGGCUAUGUUAAGUUGGUGGACUUUGGUUUUGCCAAAUACAUUGGCAAUAGCUGUAAAACUUGGACUUUUUGUGGCACUCCCGAAUAUGUGGCCCCUGAAAUCAUUUUGAAUAAGGGACACGAUCGUGCUGUGGAUUAUUGGGCCUUGGGUAUAUUGAUACAUGAGCUUUUAAAUGGAACACCUCCUUUUACUGCUAAUGAUCCCAUGAAGACCUACAAUAUUAUAUUAAAAGGCAUUGAUAUGAUAGAUUUUCCCAAGCGCAUUUCCCGCUCAGCAGUGCAAUUGAUCAAAAAGCUAUGCCGUGAUGUGCCAGCCGAACGUUUGGGCUAUCAAAAGGGUGGCAUACAAGACAUCAAGAAACACAAAUGGUUCCUGGGUUUUGAUUGGGAUGGCUUGCAGAGCCAAUUACUCAUACCGCCCUUUGUACGGCCCAUAGCCCAUCCCACAGAUACCUGUUACUUUGAUAAGUUUCCCUGUGAUCCAAAUGAACCCCCCGAUGAAUUAUCCGGUUGGGAUGCAGAUUUUUAGAUUAGUACCAUAGCCUACUUUUGGGCCUUUAAGCUGUGCCUUUGUUAAUUUUAAUUGGGAAUCAAGAGAAUUAAAUUAAGGAAAAAAAUAAUGUCGUUUAUUUUAGUAAUAAGCCUACUUAUCGCUUUAGAUGUUAGUUAUUAGCUUCAGAGGAAAUUUUGCUCAAUGUAAACAGAUGAAGUGCCUUUUGAUCAAGAGUAAUUGCUCAGAGUUUACUUUUAGUUUUAGAUAAUAAACGAAAAUAUUUUUUUUAGCUAA